UGUUAUAAAAAUUAAUUAAAUAAAUUAGAAUUUUUAUAUGUUCUUUGGCCACGUGUUGCUGUUCAACAAACUGUGAUUGUGUUUUUUUUUUUCUUUUCUUUUCUUCUGAAAUAACAUUUGUGAUAAUAAUGGAAGACUUUGAUGUUGUCACCGAGUUACGAGCAAAAUGGUGUUGUAUUUUGGAAGAUGAACUAGAGUGUCCAAUUUGUUUUGAAAUGAGUGCAUCAGCUGAAAUAAUUCAAUGUAUAAAUAGUCACAAUGUUUGUAGCAAUUGUCGUGUUAAUCUCUUAGUAUGUCCAACAUGUGAUGGACAAUUUAUCACAACACGCAACAGAGUAAUGGAAAAAUUGAUCAAGCAAUUUGGAGAAAUGAAGGUAUUGUUGUUAUUUAUUGUAAUAAUUUAUAACCAACAUGUUGCAAUUAAUUUACAAUUAUUUACUAUUCACUUUCAGUCAUCAUUGAUGGAUCCAGAGAGUGACAAAUAUCAACGAAUUAAUUCAAACAAAAAAUCAGUCAGUUGUCAAACUGAUCCAGAGCCUAAAAUUGUUACUGCCUCUGUUAAAAGCCAGACAGACACAAAAAUACAAAGAUGCAUUGACACACAAACUGAUUUUUUGGAAAAAGAAACAAAUCAAUCAAACAAUUCAACUGAUCCUCACAAUGGUGAUAAAGUAUUAAAAAAUAACGUUGUCUCAUCAAUGUUACCAAAGCUUGAAGUAGUUGCUGAAGAGGUAAAGCCACCACUUCGCAGAAGUACCAGAAUCAAAUCAAAAAUAUCACGUUACUCUAUAAAUCAACGCUGAGACCUCAUGUAGUUAUGUAAAAUAUUUUAUUUUUUUUUAAUUAACAUAAAUUUUCACGCUUGUAUUAUAAGAAAAAAAAUAGUUUUUAAGUUAAAGAUAGAAAAUUUUAUUAC